UGCACUUGACCAAAACGGAAACUACUUAAUCUCAUGUAACACGUGCCGAAAUACCAAUCAUGUUACUGUUCUUAAAAAUCACACCAUGGACCCCACACGGCAACGGUUUUACUCAGACUUCCGCAUACGACAUAUCCGUGGUGGAGAAAGAAGGGGUCCUCAAGUUUCUAACCAAACGCGCACGUGCCAAAUGUCAGCAUCACCACGCGUGAAUUUUGCCCGCAUAAAGCGCUGAUUGCUUCAACGCUAACCUAGCUCUUCUUCCCCUGGGUACAAAAUCGCCGUCCUCUCGUUUCCGGGCUAUACAACUAUCUUUAAGGGAAAAUGGACGAAGAGCUAAGAACUAGGACCUUCACUGAGGCGCCCAGCUUCGUACGAAUCGGCGACACCUUGCCGGAUUCUCCAAUAGUUGAAUUGGAAGUCGCCUGCGAUGACGAUCUACCCAUGAAUGACUUCGAGUUCUCCUUUACUUUAGACGAAUCAGAGCACGACGCCUUGACUACGAUCGCCGGAGAGAUCAACUCAAAAGGCCAGGUCCUACCUGCUUAUCCCGUAUUCAACCAAAACCUUGUCGCCGACAGUUCAGAGGCAUCACUGGAGCAGGAAUUGGUGGAGAUGAUGGGCCGCGUUGCGCUGCCGUUCGAAAAGCACGACCUCCGCUCGGGUUCAGCAUCUUCCUCGUCCUCAAUAGAUGAUCCAACGGAAUACUGUGCUUGGACUCCGAGAUCUGCCCCCCUAACGCCGGAUCGAUGGCGUAUGAGCCAAUCAGUCGGGUCGGAGACGUCGGAGUUUAGGAGGUUCAGGCUCCGGGAUUUGAUAGUUGGCCGUAGUCGAAGCGAUGGGAAGGAGAAACUCAUGGUCUACUCGACGGCGGAGAAGGAAAUAGGAAGAGGUGGAUUUGGCAUAAUCCCUUGUCACAGUGCGACGACAGCAAAGAAGGUUAAGCAGGAGAUGGGGAAGGGGAAGGGGAAUAGGAAGGAAAAGGAAAAAUGUAGGGAGGUGAAAGAGAUGGAUGUGGUCACUGCUCACCGGAUAUAUUACGGGAAGGGUGCUGUCGUCGGUCGCCGGAGCUUCUUACCUUACCGGCCAGGAUUACUUGGAGGAUUUUUUGGCCAUGGGUUAAAUUCCCCAUUCUAGAUUCGAUUUAUUCUUCUUCUUCUUCUUUUUCGUUUUGACUUUUGAGUAUGUGGAUUUUUAUUUUCUGAAAAUUGAAGAUAUCGCCUGUCCAUAAGGAUUGAUUAA